AUGGAUCCAUUAAAACCCAAAAAAUUAUGUACCAAUGCUCCGCCAUUAAAGGAGGACAGUUCCUUUAACCAACCAUCUUAUCUCAUCGUGCAUGCUACGGGAGAAACACCACUUUCUAAACGCUCCCCCUUUCUGAUUCAGAAACUUUUUGAAUCAUCCAUUGGGCAUCUUAAAAAAAUCCAAAAGAUGAGGUCAGGAGACCUGCUUGUAGAGGCAGCCUCCCCUCAACAGUCUGAAAAGCUUAUGAAAAUGAAAUCGCUAGGAGACAUACAAGUCACUACCACACCACACACAAGUCUGAACUCAUCACGUGGUGUGAUAUCUGAAAUCGAUCUGAUGUCUGAAAAUGAAUCAGACAUUCAGAUCGGUCUUUCGGACCAAGGUGUCACUGCCGUUCGACGAAUUUCGAUCCGUCGAGACGGCAAGUUGAUACCAACUAAGCACCUUAUUCUCACCUUUGGAAAACCGUCAUUGCCAUCCUUCAUUACAGCAGGAUACCUGCGCUGCCCAGUUCGACCGUAUAUUCCAAAUCCGCUGCGUUGCUUCAAAUGCCAGCGAUUUGGACAUUCCCAGACCUCCUGCCGUGGCAAAAGCUUAUGUGCACAGUGUGGAAUUGAAGGCCACCAGAGUACUGAGUGCACCAGUACUCCACGCUGUGUAAACUGCAGCGAUGCCCAUCCUGCCUACUCUCGUAAAUGCUCUGCAUGGCAGAGAGAGAAAGAGAUUCAGCGGGUGAAAACUGUAAACAAUAUAUCCUAUCCAGAGGCUCGACGCAUGGUCAACCCAAGCGCUUCUUUGAAACAGAAGAGUUUUGCGGCUGCUUUGAAGUCUACAAAGACAAUAGGGGUUCAAACAGAUAUUUCUGUUUGCCCAAAGGAAUCUCUUACUCGCCAUGCGAAAUGUUUAUUACUACCAUCAGAAGAAACAACAAAGGAGAAUACAAAAACUAAAACGCCCCUACCUAAAACAGGGGUAAUAACGAGAAACGUGGGUUCAAAAAAGGCAAGCAAGAACCCGCUAAACAAACAGAGAGUGAAAGUUGCUCUCUCUAAAUCUAAAAAAUCAGAGGCUCAGUCCAUGAGUGAGUUCUCUGAUAUCUCUGAUGAAGAGAAUAAUAUGGAGGUAACCAAACCAACGUCACCUCCAAAAGGAAAAUCAUCAGUUAAACUAAAGAGGGACACUUUUUCUAAGAAUACUGCCUCAAACACAUAA